CUUGGAAGAUUGUACCCCCUCUAUUCAGUUCGGUUCGAAAGGGGAAAAGGUCAAAAUGCCAGAAUAUCCCAAAGUUCAAGGGGGAGGCUCACUGAUCGUCGCGUGGCAGGUCAAGAACAAGCACGUGCUGGUUGUUGGAGGUGGAGAGGUUGCCGCUGGGCGUAUUCUCCUCGCACUGAAUGCCGAUGCCCGAGUAACCGUCGUUUGUCCCUCCUCCGGCCUCAACGGCGAAGUCGCCUAUCGCGUCGCCGAGAAACAAGUGACCCAUAUCGAUCGCAACUUCGAGCCAUGCGACUUGGAUACAGCGGAUAUGGUGCUCUGCGCCAUUGAUGACCCAGAGGCUUCGACUCAGGUCUGGAAACUGUGCAAGGAGCGACGCAUUGCGGCGAAUAUUGCAGAUGUUCCGCCAGAGUGUGACUUUUACUUUGGCAGCAUACACCGUGAUGGUCCGCUGCAGGUAAUGGUCAGUACCAAUGGCAAUGGUCCGAAGCUGGCCAGUAUCGUGCGCAAGAGAAUUGCCGAAGCUCUACCAAGUAACAUGGGUGCUGCUAUUGAGAAUGUGGGCAAGCUACGGAGGAAACUGCGUGAGGUUGCGCCUGAUAUUAAAGAAGGACCCAAGCGCAUGAAAUGGAUGUCCGGGGUCUGUGAAUCCUGGAGCUUAGAUGACCUGGUUGGAAUGACCGAGCAGGAUAUGGACGGGCUGCUGUCCCAUUACCAGUCGGGCGACAUUCCACCACUCUUGGAAGUACGGAUGAAAAAUCUUUAGAGGGAAUUUGACACGAGU